CUAUCUUCAAUCCCACGCUGACUGCAUCGGGUGCACUCCGUCAUGCCUGAAUACUCCUUAGCCCAGGUUGCUCAGCACAAUACCACGGCUUCAUGCUGGGUCGUCAUUCGUAACAAGGUUUAUGACGUGACUGACUUUCUCUUUGAUCACCCAGGAGGAGCUCAAGUCAUUCUGAGAUACGCUGGCAACGACGCGACAGAAGCAUACGUUCCUAUCCAUCCCUCCGAUGCUCUCGACAAGAACAUCUCUCUAGAGAAACAUCUAGGGAGUCUCGACUCUGCCUCUAUUGCGGAGCUCAGGCAGGAGAAGAAGAAUCAACCCAAGACUCGGGAUGAGGAGCGUAUCGAAGCUGCUCUUAAGGUCAAGCCUCCCUUGCGGAGAAUGAUCAGUGUACGAGACAUAGAGGAAACAGCGAAGCAGAUACUGCCCUACAAAGCCUUUGCAUAUUAUGAGUCUGCAGCGGACGACGAAGUUUCAAAUAUCGAGAACGCCCGUGCGUUCUCCAGGUUCUUCUUUCUUCCUCGAGUCAUGCGAGCCGUGUCGAAUUGCGAUACUACAUCUACCAUCCUAGGCUACAAAACCACGAUUCCCGUAUACAUCAGUGGCUCUGCGCUUGCCCGACUUGGACACCCUUUGGGAGAAGUAAAUCUCACCCGAGGCGCCUACAAGACCGGCAUACUGCAAAUGGUUUCAACCAAUGCGUCGCUCUCGUAUGGUCAGAUUGCAGCUGCUCGCGGCCCUGAUCAGACUAUCUUCUUUCAGCUGUACAAGCAUAGGCGUGACGACACUGCCGAGAAACGUAUUAGGGAAGUCGAGGAACUCGGCUAUAAAGCAAUCUUCCUCACAGUAGAUGCACUGAUUGCUUCCAACCGCGAACGUGACACUCGUGCGCCAUUCUUCAUCGAGGACUACGAAAAUCAAGGACUCAGUGUUAAGAGUGAAUCGGAAGCGGAUGAAGGUGAAGUUGACAUAUUGGGCACGGCCGGAGGCCUCAUUCGAAACAAUGACAUGGACAUGACCUGGGAAAAGACCAUUCCAUGGAUACGAAGCAUCACCAAACUUCCUAUUGUUGUCAAAGGCGUGCAGUCUGUUGCGGAUGCUGUUCUUGCCGUGGAAGCUGGGUGCGACGGUAUCGUCUUAUCGAACCAUGGCGGUCGCCAGCUUGAAUACUCAUUGCCACCAAUGGAAAUACUUUACAAGAUACGCCAGCAGCGCCCAGAUAUCUUCGACAAAACUGAAGUGUAUAUUGACGGGGGCAUCCGUCGAGGAACUGAUGUUGUUAAGGCACUGUGUCUUGGUGCCAAGGCGGUUGGCUUAGGACGCGCGUUCUUGUAUGCUCAAAGUGCAUAUGGUGAAGCCGGUGUUGUGCAUCUCGCCCGCAUUCUUCAAAGAGAAAUCCGGUUUUGCAUGGAAUCGCUGGGUGCCCGCUCUGUGAAAGAGCUGGUCCCUGACCUGGUCGAACGGGUGGAUUGGCAGCCACUAGGAGCUAAAUUAUAGAAUCUAAUGGAUGGUAUGGAGCCACAGUCCAAGAUCUUUUCCAUGUAUAUGUAUGCAUUGAUUUUAUCCCAUUUUUAAAAUUUACUGCAAUCUUUCGUACACAGACGAAGAAAUAAAUAAGUAUUGCUAGUAUUAGUAUUUAUAUACCACGUGAUGCCAUGUGUUUGUUGCGUUUUAGCACGUGACUCUAAC